AUGGCUCCCGCACCAUCCGCUGCCGGUGUCCCCGCCACCGUCCCUGCCAAGGCUGUCAAGGGCGCCGCUGGCGCUGCCGCCAAGAGCGGUGCCGCUGCCGAGAAGAAGGAGGCCAGCGCCGAAAACGAUGCUCUUCUUUCCGGCGACAAGAACGCCGCACAGGAGCUCACUAACCUCGUCAAGAUUGAGGGCCCUGCCGCUCUCGCCAACCUCGGCAUCGAGGCCGUUAUCCUCAAGGGUCUCGGCGACAAGAAGAACGCCGCCGCUCGUGAGGGCGCCUGCACUCUCCUCUCCAAUCUCUGCGAGCAGGGUGUUGGUCACGAGGUCGAGCCUUUCAUCUUUGAAAAGCUGUUCACCCCUCUCGUCGAGGCCAUGGGCGACAAGGAGAAGGCCGUCCAGAAGGCUUCCCUCGAGGCGCUCAAGGCUUUCGUCAAGGUCAUGUCCCCCUGGGCUACCCAGCAGGUGCUCAAGGUCGUCCUCGACCAGGCCCGCACCGCUGGUAAGUGGCAGGUAAAGACCGGCUGCAUUGCCAUCCUCGAGGAGCUCGUCACCUCGUGCCCCGAGCGCAUGGCUGCCCUCAUGCCCGAGAUCAUCCCCGUCAUGACCGAGGUCAUCUGGGACACCAAGACCGACGUCCAGAAGGCUUCGCGCGCCGCUCUCACCAAGCUUUGCGCCCUCAUCUCCAACAAGGAUAUCGAGCGCUUCAUCCCCGCCCUCAUCAACUCGCUCAUCCACCCCGUCGAGGAGGUGCCCAAGACCAUCCAGCUCCUUGCCGCCACCACCUUCGUCCAGGAGGUCGACAGCCCCACCCUUGCUCUCAUGGUGCCCCUUCUCUCGCGUGGUCUCAACGAGCGCCCCACCGCCACCAAGCGUAAGGUCGCCGUCAUCAUCGACAACAUGGCCAAGCUCGUCGACAACGAGCGCACCGUUCGUCCUUUCCUCGGCAAGCUCCUCCCCGGCUUGAUCAAGAUCGAGUCUACCCUCGCUGACCCCGAGGCUCGUUCCGUCGUUCAGCGUGCCAUCAAGACCCUCCGCGACGUCGGCCAGGUCGAAGGCGACGGCUCCGACGUCAAGCCCCUCGAGGACGUCGAUGUCAAGGCCACUCAGGAGCAGGUCAACAAGGCCCUCGGCGAGCACAGCCUCCAGGCGCAGGCCAACCUGUCGUCCUACCUUGCUGUCCUCGUCGCCAACCUUGCCAACGCCCGCAACUUCGAGCUCACCGAGUGGGAGUCUACCCUCAUCCCCUUCAUCACCCUCAUCAAGGCCGCCAAGCCCGAGCAGGCCAAGGCUAUCUCCAAGACCCUCCUCACUGCGCUCGCCAAGUCGACCGGUGACUCUGUCGAGAUCUUCGAGGACGAGGAGGAGGGAGAGGACCUCUGCAACUGUCAGUUCUCGCUCGCCUACGGUGCCAAGAUCCUGCUUAACACCGCCACCCUCCGUCUCAAGCGUGGUCACAGGUACGGUCUUUGCGGUCGUAACGGUUCCGGAAAGUCGACCCUGAUGCGUGCCAUCACCAACGGCCAGGUCGAGGGUUUCCCUUCGCCCGAGGAGGUCCGAACCUGGUACGUCGAGCACGACCUGGACGGCUCCGAGGGUCUCAUGACCGUUCUCGACUACAUCGUCGCCGAUGAGCGUCUCAGCAUGACCAGGGACGAGGCUAUCAAGACCCUUCACGAGGUCGGUUUCGACGAAGCUCGCCAGAACUCGCCCAUCGCCGGUCUCUCUGGUGGUUGGAAGAUGAAGGUCGCCCUUGCCCGUGCCAUCCUGUUCAAGGCCGACAUUCUCUUGCUCGACGAGCCCACCAACCACUUGGACGUCGUCAAUGUCAAGUGGAUCACCGACUACCUCACCAACCUCAAGACCACCACCGCCAUCAUUGUCUCGCACGACUCUGGCUUCUUGAACAACGUCUGCACCGAUAUCCUCCACCUCAACCGAUUCAAGAUCAAGCGAUACCCGGGUAACCUCGACGCCUUCGUCAAGCGUGUACCCGAGGCCCGUGCCUACGCCGAGCUCAACACUGGCGAGGACUACUCGUUCAAGCUCCCCGACCCGCCUCUGCUCGACGGUGUCAAGACCAAGGAGAAGUCGCUUGUCAAGAUGAAGAACGUCAUCUUCCAGUACCCCGGCACCCCCGCUCCCCAGCUCAAGGGUGUCAGCAUCCAGCUCUCGCUCGCCUCGCGUGUCGCCAUUCUCGGCCCCAACGGUUCGGGCAAGUCGACGCUCGUCAAGCUCGUCGUCGGUGACACCGAGCCCGGCUCUGGUGAGAUGUGGAAGCACCCCAACUUGGUCAUCGGCUACGUCGCCCAGCACGCGUUCCACCACAUCGACCAGCACCUCGACAAGACUCCUCUCGACUACAUGCUCUGGCGUUACCAGACCGGUGAGGAUCUCGAGGAGCACAUGAAGUCCAACCGUGCCCUCACCGCCGAAGAGGAGGCUGCCAAGAAGCAGGGCGAGGUCUUCGUCGUCGAGGGCGUCAAGCGCCUCUUUGACGAGAUCGUCGGUCGUAAGAAGUUGAAGAACUCGUUCCAGUACGAGGUCUCGUUCAAGAACAUGUCGUCCGCCGACAACCAGUGGAUCCCUCGUGACGACCUCAUCAACCGCGGUCUCGAGCGUGCCGUGCUCGCUUUCGACUCCAAGGAGGCUCAGCGUCUCGGUAUGAACCGACCCCUGGUACGAAAGGAGAUCGAGAACCACUUCGAGGACUUUGGUCUCGAGCGCGAGUUCACCUCGCACAACACCAUGCGCGGUCUUUCUGGUGGUCAGAAGGUCAAGGUCGUCCUCGCCGCCGCCACUUGGCGCCGUCCCCACAUCAUCAUCCUCGACGAGCCCACUAACUUCUUGGACCGUGAAUCGCUCGCCGCCCUCAUCAAGGCCAUCGAAUCCUUCCAGGGAGGUGUCGGCAUCAUCACCCACUCGCGAGAGUUCUCUGAGGGCACCUGCAAGGAAAUCUGGGCAAUGUCCGACGGUGUGCUUCAGGCAUCCGGACACGACUGGACCGAGAGCAACUCCAAGGGUACCAAGAUUGAGACCAAGGACGACGAGGAAGACAAAUUCGACGCUCUAGGCAACAAAAUCGCUGCUGUCAAGAAGGUAAAGAAGGAGUCAGCCUCAGAGGCGCGCAAAAAGAAGAAAGAACGCAUGGCAAAGAAGAAGGCUGGAACGUAUGAUUCCGCCGACGAGCUCGAGGAUCUCUAA